AUGCGAAUUGCGCGCCUGAAUCUCGCGAUACAAGAACUUCGGGUAAAAAAUGCGCGCGCCGGGUAUUUCCCACAAAUUUUUGCAAACGGCAACUACGAUUUUUCGGACCGCCUUGACUUCGGCUUUGAACCUGAGAACUACAAUUUAGGGCUGCGUGGGCAAUAUACACUUUGGGAUAACGGACAACGAGAGGGCAGUUUCGCACAAGCCAAAGAAAACCUGACCGCUACUGUUAGCCGAAAUGAAAGGACUAAACAGGACUUAAUUCUUGAUAUUACGGUCGCUUACUACGAUGUUCUUAAAAGGCAGGAGCUUGUCAAAGUCAGUGAACAAGUUUUCGCGAGAUCGCAAGAAAACACACAGCGAACAAGAGAUUUCGUGGAGGCAGGCACCCUUAUCCCGGCAGAUGUUGCUACUGCCGAGGUCCGAGAAGCAAAUGAUGAGUUAUCCUUGGUGAACAAUCGCAACGCACUCCAAAUUGCCCAAGCGACGCUGCCCCGACUCCUCGGAUUAGAUCCAGGGGUUUUGCUUACUGUUUCUGUUGAUGAGUCUUAUCAACUCUACCAAGAUCGCGGGACGAUUGAGCGGAUAGAGAUGUCAGUUGAGGAAGCUACCCAGAUUGCCCUUAGCAAUCGUCCGGAGUUUCAAGAGAGGCAGGCACAAAUAAAAUCUCAGGAAUGGAGUCUAACCUUGGCGAAAUUACAGCGCUGGCCCCGUCUGAACGCAGAUGUUGACUACAACGUUGCCCUUGAUGAUUACCUCCGUGAGCGUGAGAAUUUCUCUGACUUCCGAAGUUGGAGCGCAGGCAUGUCCCUGAAUUUCACCAUUUUUGAUGGCGGUGUCUUGGGGAACCGUGUUAAAGAGUUAAAUAUGCAGUUAGAACAGUCACGUGAAAAUGUGAGUGACUUAGAGCGAAGUGUAGCUCUCGCUGUAAGGCAAGCCUAUCUGAAUCUUGAACGUGGUGAAAUCGCUGUUGAUAUCUCCAAGAAACAGGUUACCAAUGCCAGGCUCAGUUUAGAUGUCAUUCAAGGGCGUUUUGACGUAGGCAAAGCUAUCUUGCUUGAAUUGCUUGAUGCCCAAACGAGUUACGCACAAUCCUUGACGAAUGAGGUGAAUGGGUUCUACGACUAUAAAAUUACACAGAUCCGUUUACAAGAUGCUAUGGGGGUUUUACAAUAG